AUCCAGUCUUACGUGAUUGGGGCUGUUGUGGUGUUGAGGCAGGCUGUGUCUUCAGGGGCUCCUAAUAGCUUCCCCGCCCAGUGAAACAGGCCGACCCGAUUUUGGAGAUUUGAGAAGAUGUAUGGCUUGAGGUGUCUGAAGACUGCCAAAGCAGUCCCUCUGAAGGAGAUAAACGUCCAAGUGGACAUCAUCGGAUACGUGUCCAAUGUGACGUCUUCUCUGGAGUACCAGAAUGAAAAAGACAACCCUGUUGAGGCAGUCUUCGUGUUCCCGCUGGACGAGUCGAGCGCCGUGUACAAGUUCGAGGCCCUCAUUGAAGGUCGCAGGGUCAUUGGCAAGGUCAAAGAAAAACAGAAGGCGCGGGAAGAAUAUGAUGACGCCAUAGCUAGCGGGGAGGGCGCCUUCCUGUUAGAAGAGGACGACCGCGCCGGAGACGUGUUCAAGUGCAGCGUGGGAAACCUGCCGCCCAAAACGUCGGCGACCGUCCGGCUGAGCUACGUGUCAGAACUGCCGGUGGAGGCUGACAGCUCCCUCAAGUUUGUACUCCCAACUGUCCUCAACCCUCGCUACUCAUCCGGUACAGAAGCUGCGGUCUAUGAUGACACCUACAUGGCUGGGCCGACUGCUGAUGUUUUGACCUCUGACCUUCCUUACGUGCUCAAGCUCAAGGUCAUUGUGUCAUCUCCAAACUCCAUUGACAAGAUCGAGUCCCCGAAGUCUUCCCUUGACGUGACAUAUGGAGGAACUUCUGCUCAGGUGACUCUGAAGGAUGACCACAAGUUUGACUCGGAUGUGGAGCUCUACGUCCACUAUAAGGACAAACACAGACCAUUUGCUGUAACUGAGCUGGGACAGGGAACAGAAGGAUUCAUGGCUGACCACACGGUCAUGCUGACCUUUGUACCUGACCUUUCCCGCGAUGACCUGGUCACGACCUGCGGAGAGUUUAUCUUCAUCCUGGACCGCUCCGGGAGCAUGUCCGGCUCCAACAUCAAGAACGCACGAGAAACCCUGCUCCUGUUUCUAAAGAGCCUUCCCAUUGGUUGUUACUUCAACAUUGUCGGCUUUGGGAGCUCAUACAAGACCUUAUUUAACAACAGUCAAAAGUAUGACAACAAGAGCCUGAAAACAGCCUGCAAGGCUCUGGAGAAGAUGGAGGCAGACCUGGGAGGAACUGAGAUCCUCCAGCCACUACAGUUUGUGUACAAACAACCUGCGAUAGAAGGGCAUCCUAGACAGCUGUUUCUGUUGACCGAUGGAGACGUGUGGGACACACAAGCAUGUGUAAGUGAGGUGGCGAAGCAUGCCGACUCUGCGAGGUGCUUCUCUGUGGGGAUCGGUGAGGGUGCAUCCACCGCACUGGUCAAGGGAGUGGCCAGGGCAGGGCGGGGCAAGGCCGAGUUUGUGUCAGGAACUGACAGACUGCAGGCAAAGGUGAUGCGGCUGCUCAGCUGUGCCCUUCAGCCGACAGUGACAGGUGUCAGCUUGACCUGGCAGCUGCCUGAUGGAGUGACAGCUGUGCCCAUCCCCUCCACACCUCCACCUAUCUUCAGUGGGGACCGCUUCAUCAUGUAUGCGCAGCUACAGGGGCAGCUGCCGGUGGCUGGUACAGAAGGUUCGGUCACCCUGAGUGGACAGGUCCUUCAGGAGGAGAUCAAACACACCCUGAACCUGACCUUACAGCCACAGGACCAGGACAUGCCAGGUGCAGAGGACAGCCCUGAUCCUAAACAGUUACACCGGCUGGCAGCCAAGACUCUGGUUAAAGAGCUAGAGGUGAAACUGGAGAAGGAUGGCGAUAACACAGGCUCAGACAGCGAUAAGACCGUCUCAGACUCGGCCAAGAAACAGAUCGUCGACCUCAGCGUGGCAGCCAACGUCGUAUCAAAGUUCACGUCCUUUAUCGGCGUGGAUAGCGAGCGGGGAGAACCGAUAGAGGGCGCGAUGAUACGGCGUCACAUCCCUCGACAUGCCCCUCUGAUGAACUGUAUAAGCUUUGGCAUGUCACCAGCAGUUGCAUUUUGCGCCGGUCCAAUGGCGAUGGCAGAUUCAUACGAUGAGUGUGAUUACGGCGGAUCGGAGGAUAUGGAGCUCGAGUGCUGCACAGAGACUAUGGGGCUCAAAAGUGAAGAGAGUAAAGAAGGCAUUGCCUCACGAAUCGUUGGAAGCGUAAAGGGCCUGUUUUCGUCAGGUGCAUCAGGGGGCUUUUUCGGUGGGUUGCGUAGACUGGUCGGAGGUGGUCCAGGACCAGGAGCUGCAGCCAGGCCCAUGGUUUUUGCAGGUGGAGGUAUUAGAGGUGGAAGAAUUAGGCUUCGCGGUGGCGGUGGAGGGCCAAAUCCUAACACAGCGAGGUCAGGAAAAAGGGCCGCCAUGAAAGCUGCUCCCCAAAUGAAGAAGGCAAAGUCCAUGCCUAGAACAUCAUCAGGAAAGCCAGCAAGAGCUCUCAAAGCCCGAGCACCCGCUUAUGAUGAUGAUGAUGAUGAUGAUGAUGAUGAUUCAGAAGAAGACAGCGCCACUCCCUCAACUGUCAUCCCGCUACAGAUGGCUGAAGGAUCAUGGGAACUGGAUGGUCACUUGGCGGCUGUUCUAGGGCUGGAGUUGGACAGACUGAAAAAGGAGUGCCCUGUACAGGACAAGACAGUGUGGGCAACAGUGCUAGCUCUGGUCUGGCUCCAUUCCAAGAUGGCAGACAAGAAGGUUGAAUGGCAGAUGCUGGCUCGCAAGGCGACGGCCUGGCUGAAGUCCCACCAGCAGGGCUGGUCCGCGGACGACGUCGUGGGGAAGGCGUGCAGUAUUCUGGGGGCGAAGGUCGACCCUAGUGCCAUCGUAGGCUGAACAAUUCCAUCUUAACCCUUGUCCUGCUGGCAUUCCAGGCACAAUAUUUUUUCAAUAAUUUCAUCCCCAAGUUCUGCAGUGGCAUAGUCAUUUCAUCAUUCAUUGCUGCAAAAGAAAUACCUCCAAAUCGUACCUAUACAGGGUGCUAUAUAGACGGUACCGUAUGUGCAGAAUAACAAUUGUUGUGCUCCGCAGGACAAGGUUAAAUUAACUGUGAUUAUCAUGAAAGUUCAUUUGUGUUCAACUUGG